AUGGGUCAAGAACUCUCAGAACCGAUCGAUGAGUCCAUCGAGCCUUUACACCUUAAGCGCCGCGAUCUAAAGUCUAUCGCUGAAUACAUCGCCUCCGGAGAAUGUCAAAAAGUCGCCGUUAUGGUUGGUGCUGGUAUCAGCACUUCCGCUGGCAUUCCCGACUUUCGUUCGCCAGAUACGGGUCUUUAUGCCAAUCUGCAGCGUUUGGAUCUUCCAGAACCUGAAGCGGUUUUCGAUAUUACCUACUUCCGCACCAACCCCCUUCCCUUCUAUACUCUAGCUCACGAUCUUUAUCCUGGUAAAUAUCGACCUACAAUAACCCACUCUUUCAUCCAUCUUCUCCACAAGAAGGGCAUCCUGAAAAUGUGCUGGACCCAAAAUAUCGACACUCUCGAACGGGCAGCUGGUGUUCCAGGCGAAAAACUUGUCGAAGCACAUGGAUCCUUCGCUAGUCAGCGUUGUAUCGAAUGUAAAGCGCCAUACCCGGAUGAUUUGAUCAAACAGCAUAUCCUAGCCGACCCCGUUGAGGUUCCCACGUGUAAGGAUACACCAGAAUGUAAUGGACUUGUUAAGCCGGAUAUUGUGUUCUUUGGAGAACCGUUGCCCGCAGAGUUUUCGAGCAGCAUGGAACAGCUGGAUGAUGUCGAUUUGGCUAUUGUCAUGGGGACCAGUUUGAUGGUAUAUCCAUUUGCUGGUUUGCCGACUAGGGUACCACAUGGUCCACCUAGAUUGUUGAUAAAUAAUGAGAAGGUUGGGGAGAUUGGGAGUAGAAGGGACGAUGUGAUCUUCUUGAAGGCGUGUGAUGAGGCUGUUAGGGUCUUGUGCAAGGAAAUUGGGUGGUUGGAUGAUUUGGAGGAGCUUUGGGCAGCUACGGAGCCAGAGGAGAGCAAGGCAGAGAAGAAGGAGGAGGAAGAGAGAUGGAAGUCUCUAACAUUAGAUCAAAGACUAGAUGAGGAGGUUGAAAGAUUAACGAAGGAUGUUGAGGAGAGUUUGAAAGUUUCGAAAGAUCAUAAAAGCUGGGUUGAAGGUCAACUGACGAAGGAGAAGGGAGGAGACGUCACCCACGACGCUGAACCUGGCUCUCCAACCCUAUCCUACAAACCAACGAUUAUUGAAACGCCGAAGCCCGCACUCCCUACUGAUGAAUCCUCAAAACCCGAAGAAACUAAGACCGAUCCUCCAGCUACUGACGCUUCAAAGCCCGACUCUCCGAAGCUUGAGCCUUCAAAGGCCGAGGAAUCUAAAGAUAUCUAA